AUGGAAGCAGCUCAGAGGCACAGCGGCUCAGCCAAGGUUCGAUUUGCGGCCCUUGCGCUUCACAUCUUUACCGCGCAGCUACAGCUACCGCUGUGGUCCGCCAUUCGCGCAUCCGUCCCUGGGCCAAUGACAUGCCUGGAUCAGCACUUUGUCUCUUUUUGGACGGUCCAGGGUCUGUUCAUCCCACCUUUUUUGGACCACGUCCCACACACCUCUCUCGCUCACACUCUCUCUCCACAGUCUCGGCCACUUCAUCCGCGCAUCAGAGACGAGACAAACGCGCUUCUUGUCGCUCAAGAGUGGCUCCGCGGUGAGGAGGAGGGCCAACUUACAGGUACCCUUCGCCGACAUACCCGCAUCGCACCGAGAACAUGCGAUGAGGUGCGGUGUGACUUGGUACCCUACCCUUGCCAUGCCUCGAUCUGUUCGGCCAAAUGGGAGGGAGUGACUCUGAAGUUGUAA